AUGGGAAUGUUCAAGAAGAAGCAGGCUAACACUGAUGAGAAGAAGGACCUCAAGUCCAACUACACCACCGAAGAUCAUAAGACGGACCUUGAUGCCCUCCUGAGCUCUCUCGGCACUCAUGCCACCCAGGGCAUGACCAAGGCUGCCGCCGAGAAGCGGCUGCAGGAGGAGGGGAAGAACCAGCUCACCCCCCCGCCGGAGACUCCCUGGUACAUCAACUUCCUGAAGGAGUUGUUCGGCAACAAGUUCUCCCUGCUGCUGUGGGCCGGAGCGAUCCUCUGUUUCGUCGGAUUCGGCCUUCAGCAGGACUUGGAGAACUUGUACCUGGGUAUCGUGCUGGCUGUGGUGGUGUUCGUGACGGGUUGCUUCUCGUACUUCCAGAACGCUAAAUCCGAUGACCUCAUGAAGUCGUUCGCUAGCAUGUCGCCGCCUAAGGUGACCGUCGUCCGGGAAGGCAAGACCUUCACUGUAGAGUCCGCCGACAUUUGCCGCGGUGACCUGAUCAGGGUGGAGGGCGGUGACCUGAUUCCCGCGGACGUGCGCAUCAUCGACUGCUCGGACAACAUGGUUGUCGACAACGCCCCCCUCACGGGAGAGUCGGAGCCCCAGAAGCGGAAGACCAUAUGCACCCACGACGACCCCAUGGAAACCCAGAACUUGGCCUUCUUCGGAACGAGCUGCCCCGAGGGCUCGUGCGCUGCUGUGGUGUGCCGUACCGCCGACAACACCCUCAUGGGACAGAUCGCCGGUCUCGCCAUGAGCACCGACAACGAGGAGACGCCCAUCAACAAGGAGAUCGAGCACUUCAUCAAGAUCAUCUCGGCUAUCGCCAUCAUCCUGGGGGUUGUGUUCUUCAUCCUCGGCUUCGUGGUCGAGACGCCCCUCAUCCAGAACCUGGUGUUCAUGAUCGGCAUCAUCGUGGCCAACGUUCCGGAGGGGCUGCUGGCCACCGUGACCGUGUGCCUCACCCUUACCGCCAAGCGCAUGCACAAGAAGCAGGUUCUGGUGAAGAACCUGGAGGGUGUCGAGACUCUUGGUUCCACGUCUUGCAUCUGCUCCGACAAGACGGGUACCUUGACCCAGAACAUCAUGACCGUGGCGCAGAUCGUGUACGGUCAGGAGGAUGGGACUCACAUCGAGGACUGCGCGUCGUCCUUCACAAAGGGAAACUCAACCUACGAUGAGAACGACCCGGGAUUCAAGGGCCUGCAGCGUUGCGCCACCCUCUGCAACGUGUCGGUGUUCCAGGAAGACUCCAAGUCCAACCAGAACGGACCGGUUCCUUUCAAGAAGAUGAAGGUCCAGGGAGACGGCUCUGCCAUCGAGGUGCACGUGGUGAAGCAGGAGGACAAGCCCGACGGGGAAAGGCUGGUUGUCAUGAAGGGUGCACCCGAGCGGAUCAUCGACCGCUGCUCCGAGGUCAUGCUCGGAAGCCGCAUCGUGCCCAUGACCCCCGAACUCAAGGCUCAGAUCGAGCCACCCAUCCACCCCAAGUCGAAGGAGGGGCUUGUCUUCCUCGGACUGAUGGCUCUCAUCGACCCCCCCCGUGAGGCCGUGCCCGGUGCCGUCGGCAAGUGCAAGACCGCCGGAAUCAAGGUGAUCAUGGUCACCGGUGACCACCCCAUCACUGCCCAGGCCAUCGCCUACAAGGUUGGCAUCCUCUGGUCCAAGACCCGCGGCGAGAUCGAGGCCUCCAACAAGCGCUACAGCCUCGAGCCCGGAGACGCGAACUUCGAAGACCCCGAGAACGCUCAGGCUAUCGUCGUGCCCGGGUGGGAGAUCUCUCCCGAGAUGGAGCAAGACAAGUGGGACGCCAUUCUGGAGCACCCGCAGAUCGUAUUCGCUCGUACCUCGCCUCAGCAGAAGCUCGUCAUCGUCGAGAACAACCAGCGUGUUGGACACAUCGUGGCCGUGACUGGAGACGGAGUGAACGACUCGCCUGCCCUCAAGAAGGCUGACAUCGGUAUCGCCAUGGGCAUCAUGGGCAGCGCCGUCUCGAAGCAGGCGGCCGACAUGAUCUUGCUGGACGACAACUUCGCGUCGAUCGUGAGCGGGGUGGAAGAGGGACGUCUCAUCUUCGACAACUUGAAGAAGUCCAUCGCCUACACGCUCACGUCCAACAUCCCCGAGAUCUCGCCCUUCAUCUGCUUCAUCACGCUCGGCACGCCGCCGCCGCUUUCGACUGUUCUGAUCCUGGCCAUCGACCUCGGUACCGACAUGGUCCCGGCGAUCUCCAUGUCCUACGAACAAGCUGAGGCUGAUAUCAUGCGUCGUCCGCCUAGGAACUCCGCCAUCGACCGCCUUGUGACGAAGAAGCUGAUCAUCUACGCGUACCUCCAGAUUGGCGUCAUCCAGGCCGCCGCCGGCUUCUACACCUGGCUCGUCGUGCUCAACGACUACGGCUACCCGCCCCACAUCCUUAUCGGGCUUGGCCGUGGCGACUACUUCGGGAAGCAGCCCCUCAUGUGCAAGUUCGCAGGUGGAGGGGGCCAGUACGCCAAUACGAAGGGCGAGAUCAACACCGAGCUUAACCCUCUCACCGACCCCCCCACCCUGGAUUUCCCCCUGUGGGACACGGGAGCAGGUGGAUACGUGGACACCUGCUACUUCCCCCUUAAGCUGGUGGACGAGAACAGCGGUACCCAGGCCGAUUUCGACAGGUACGAUUCCGCGACCUACCUGGAUGACGGAGUAGACGUGACCGCAACGGACAACCUCAGGUCGAAAAUCAAGUCCGCUGGCGCACCCGGUAUCCCAAUCGAGGCAAUGCAGGGGCUCAUGCUGGACGGAUACUUCCACUACAUCCCCUGGAAGGGCCGCAUGUCUCCCUUCUGGGACAACGACUGGCUGCACUGGGACAUCAAGAAAACCGAGGACGCCACCGGCUCGCUCGGCGGCUCUUCCAGCCUCAUCUACUUCACCAGCUACCCCGCAGGACUGUACUCGAGCUGCCUGGGCGAGUCUAGCCUCGAGUCCACCACCGGUAGCGUCUUCGCGGCCCCGUCUGCGGAGGAUGCGCUCAAGACGGCAAACAACGGCGGGCGCCCUACCGGAGCAUCCUUUGCCGGUCUGGAGCCGCCGUAUGACUACACGCCCUGCGACGAGGGCGCGGAGGUCGGCACGAAGCCCUACGUUUACAACGUUUUCUGCAACGGAGAUGGGGAGGUGGACGCGUGCGCGGAGUUCGACUCGUUCACGAUGGAGAAUCUCCACUACUGCCCAGCGGAAGACGGGUGCAGCCUUGACUGCGAACCCCUCACCUCCGCCGAGCGUUCCCUAGCAGGCGGGGAGUACGUCCAGUGCCAAAACAUUGCCAACCGCAUGGUUCAGAAGGAGGCUCUCCAGCACGGGCAGGCGUCUUUCUUCGUGGCUAUCGUGAUCGUGCAGUGGGCCGACCUCAUGAUCUGCAAAACGAGGUGGCUGUCCAUCCGGACGCAGGGCAUGAUCAACUCGGCGAUGAACUUCGGGCUCUUCUUCGAGACGCUCCUCGCCGCCUGGUUGUGCUACUGCCCGCCCAUCAACAUCGGGCUCGGGACGAGAAACCUCCGCCUGGUGCACUGGUUCCCGGCCAUGCCCUUCUCGAUGAUCAUCUUCAUGUACGACGAGAUCCGCAAGUACCUCAUGCGUACUACUUCCCCCGAGGUGAUGGACAAGAGCACGGGUCAGGUCAAGCGUAUCGCCGGGUGGCUGGAACGCAAUACGUACUACUGAUUAUAGGCACGUAUGGUACAGAGAUGCGUGGAAGCGGAAGAAGACAAAUAGGCACGAGAGAGAACACGUAUUCGAUUCGUUUGUCGCGUUUUUGAUAUUUUCCGCUGGCAGGCCUCUAGUCUCAAUUCGAUGUUCCAUGUUUUCAAUCUCUCGGGUGGGUGCGUUGAGAAUUAUGAAGGGUCUCGAUGUUUUUCGCGGAUGAUGACUCUCCGCCGGGGGCGUGUUCCCGAGAGGACAGAGAUAAUAAUACAGACAACAAUCGUACACGGUUGGCCGAUCAACGCGGUUUGCGCACGCGUGCCCGGGGGUAGGAUGAGAGGUGGCGAUGUUGCAGCUCUUCUUCCUCCACGUCUGGGGGACGGGCUUCUAUUUACUAGGGGGUAAGAUGGGUAGAGUCACGCGCUGGGCGCGGCUGGAAUGUGUAUGCAGCCUUCCCGCACCCUAAGGAUUGGGAGUGGGGGGGGGGGGGGGG